ACUCGCCCCCCUCGCCGCACGCACAAGCCAGCAAGGUCGUCUCGCGCACCGCCGGCGGCCACCAUGUCAGCGCGGGACCGGGAGACGAUCGAGGCGCUCGCGCGCGUCGCGGCCGCGCUGGACGGGGCGGUGCUCGGCCUCGGCACGGCGGCGCUCGCGGCCGCGUCCCUGGCCAAGUACCUCGCCGCAUCCGGGGCGCUCCGCCUCAUCGCCGAGGCGCCGGCCGUCGCGAUCCCGGACCUCCGCUACUCCCUCCUCGCGGGGCUCGGCGACGGCGAGUCGCGCCUCGCCGCCGUGCGGGGCCUCGUCCGCUCCCCGCCCGGGGGCACGUUCCUCAUCCCCCCUGGCUCCCGCGAGCACUGCGUCGUCACCAGGCACACCCAGACGUGCUUGUUCGGCGAAUGGAGAGGCAUCUUUGGAUGGACUUUUGACCUACAUGCUCUCUUUUUUAAAUCAUUGAAAGAGCAAAUUAUAACAUCAUCUCGAUGGGUUUCGUUUGGUCUUGUGGAUCCUGCUUCCGAGAAAUCAGGGGAAAUGGUACAUGUGAAGUUUGAUGGGGCUGUUCAUCAGUCAUUACCUCUUACAACUGUGUAUCACAAGCUUAUCCCAGUUGAGCAAAAUUCUUACACAUUGUUUCAGACUAUUGUUGGCAAUGGCUAUCCGAUUGCGUUAUUGGAUGAGGAAAAGAUUCUUCCUAUCGGAAAGGAGAUUACAGCAAUAGGCUUAUGUCGAUUAAAGAAUCGAAGUGUUGAGAUCAGCUCGUGCCCAGAGCUUCCAUAUUUCUUGUCUGAUCUGACCAAGGGUGAGAUGGAAGCCGAGAUGUCCUCACGUGCUAGAUUCUUCUUCUGGGUUACUGUUGCUCUUGGAACCGUGUCAGUUGGCUUACUAGGCCAUGCCAUUUACAGGUUAUGGGAGAGAGUUAAACGGCACAGAGAGGCAAGAGAAGCUCAAGAAAGAUUUCACGAGGCUGACAAUGAAGAUGAUGCUGGAGAAAAUGGUAGCGACGACGAGCCUGGUGAAAUGGGAGACGGGCAGCUAUGUGUCAUAUGCUUAAGGAAAAGAAGGCGGGCAGCUUUUGUUCCUUGUGGUCAUCUUGUGUGCUGUUGCAACUGCGCGAAAAGGGUGGAACUCAUGGAUGAACCAUUGUGCCCUGUGUGUAGGCAAGACAUCCAAUACAUGCUCAGGGUUUAUGACUCUUAAGGCUCCUUGCUGACAUGGCCCAAGCAGCGGCAAAGUGGCGGCUCCAACUGUCCAUCCUCCUGUCCUGGGUGCUCUCCAUUUUUCGUUCCUAGUUUAGGUUACUGCUUUUUUUAUUUUUUUUGCGGGGAAGGUUACUGCUACCCUGAAAGUAUGUGAAUAUAGGACUGCUAACCCUCAGAAACUAGAUUAUCAGUACUUGCUAGUUUAGCCUGUGAAUAUGGGAUUAUGUAUGAUCUUAGAUGACCCCAUGAACUUUGGCCCGGAAUUUAAGGAUUGCCAAGUUUUUUGUUGGUGUUGCAUGGGUACGCCUAGGGAUGUAAGUGGACGUGUCCGUCAAGUGUACGAACUCCCGCAUUCAUGGUUUUUGUAUUAGCUCGGUUUUUAAAAGCAACAUUGAUUAGUUUA